AAAGGGAAUCUUCCAUGAAAUCUACAGUAUGCACAGGAAUGAUGUAAACCUAAAUUGUAACUUGGUAAAACAAGUACAGAUGAAUAAGUGAGCAAGUUGGGAAGUAAACAGGUCACUAGAGAAAUAGAGGUGGAGAUAUGGGUGGAUCUGAGUUUGGUUAGGAAUGAAUCAGACCAUCCUACAGAGGACGGCUCCUCCCUGGAUGAACCUACUAUAAAAAGGCCAUGAUCCCAGAUUUCAGUACCCAGCAAGCUCCUCCAGGCUACAAUCUCCUUGCUCUUCUGGUGAAGGAAGGAAGUUCACCUAUAGUUCCAAAAGAUGUCGACUCUCCUGGAAAACAUCAAUGGCAUCAUCGAAAUAUUUCACAAAUAUUCAAAAACAGAUAAGGAGACUGACACAUUGAGUGAAAAAGAGCUGAAGGAACUUCUGGAAUUGGAGUUUCGGCCCAUCUUGAAGAAUCCUGAUGACCCAGACACCACUGAAGUUUUCAUGCAUAUCCUCGAUGUAGAUCACAACAAGAAAAUAGACUUUACAGAGUUUUUUCUGAUGGUAUUCAAAUUGGCUCAAGCAUAUUAUGAUUAUACUCAAAGACACAAUUUAGAGACAGCAGGACAAAAACAGAAAAAGUAUACAUACCACUAUGAAGAUGAAGAAGAUGAUACAGAAGAAGACAAGGAAGAAACAAAAAGAAAGCACAGUCAUUCAAGAAGAAGUGAUGGAAAGAAUCAAGAUAGAUCAAAGAGCCCAAGAGGAAGAGGAAAAAAAAGACAUGGGUCUAAAUCUGGAAGUAAACAAAGAGGAGGUGACUCACCUACCUCUGGACACAGACAUGGAUGUAGCAAAAAACAUCAUGAGUCAAGAAGGGAAAAGAAAAGGAGGUCAAGCUCUACUGAACUAAAAGAAAGAAGGCACAUGUCAAGUGUCAGCCCAACCAGGAGAUAUGAAGAAAAAGAAGAAGAAUGUGGUUAUGAAAAUAAAGGUAAAGGAAGAGCAAAAUGCAUAGGAUCAGAGUAUGAUGACUCGUAUCAAGUUUGCGAAGACCAAGUGACCACGAAUUUUCAAUCCAGUCACAAUACAAACUAUGGGUCAAACAUCACUAAGGGCAGAGACACGGAAGAACAUUCACGAGAUACAGGUAGUAAAUCCGUGAUCACACAUGGAAGAUCAGGGUCCAGUUCAAGGAAUGAAAAUGACUCUAUCUUGACUCAUACAGGAGAUAGUUCUACCCACUCAGAAUCCCAAAAAGAGACGCACAGUGAAUCUGUCCAUGGAAGGUCAAAAAACACUGGGCAAAGACAGGGGAGCCACCAUGAGCAGUCAAGGGACAGCUCCAGACACUCUGAAACUCAACAUGCACAAACCUCUGCUGGAUCCGGAAGCAGUAGACACAGGCAGUCCAGUGCUAGUCAGUCCAGUGACAAUGAAGGACAUUCAGAAGACUCAGGUAGACAGUUCGUGACAGCUCAAGAAAGGUCGGGUUCCAGCUCAAGCAACCAACGGGGAUCUUCCCAUGGUCACACAGGAGACAGUUCUAGGCACUCAGCAUCUCAUCAAGGGAGGCAGAGUGAAUCUCUCCAUGAAAGGUCAGGAUCUAGAAGUGGGCAAAGAGAGCGGAGCCACCAUGAGCAGUCAAGGGACAGCUCCAGACAUGCUGGAACCAGUCAUGGACAAACCUCCACUGGAUCCGGAAGCAGUAGACACAGUCAAUCCAGUGUUAGUCAGGCCAGUGACAGCGAAGGACGUUCAGAAGACUCAGGUAGACAGUCCGUGACAACUCAUGGAAGGCCUGGUUCCAGCUCAAGAAACCAACAUGGAUCUGCCCAUGGACAGGCUAGAGACAGUUCUAGGCACUCAGAGUCCCACCAAAGGAGCCACAGUGAUACUGUUCACGGAAGGUCAGGAUCCAGCACUGGACAAAGAGAGGGCAGCCACCAUGAGCAGUCAAGAGACAGCUCCAGACAUGCUGGAACCAGUCAUGGACAAACCUCCACUGUAUCCGGAAGCAGUAGGCACAGACAAUCCAGUGUUAGUCAGGCCAGUGACAGUGAGGGACAUGCAAGAGAUUCCGGUAGGCAUUCUGAGACAACUCAUGGAAGGCCUGGUUCCAGCUCAAGAAACCAACAUGGAUCUGCCCAUGGACAGGCUGGAGACAGUUCUAGGCACUCAGAGUCCCACCAAAGGAGCCACAGUGAUACUGUUCAUGGAAGGUCAGGAUCCAGCACUGGACAAAGAGAGGGCAGCCACCAUGAGCAGUCAAGAGACAGCUCCAGACAUGCUGGAACCAGUCAUGGACAAACCUCCACUGUAUCCGGAAGCAGUAGGCACAGACAAUCCAGUGUUAGUCAGGCCAGUGACAGUGAGGGACAUGCAAGAGAUUCCGGUAGGCAUUCUGAGACAACUCGUGGAAGGUCUGGUUCCAGCUCAAGGAACCAACAUGGAUCUGUCCAUGGACAGACAGGAGACAGUUCUAGGCACUCAGAGUCCCACCAAGGGAGCCACAGUGAAUCCGUUCACGGAAGGUCAGGAUCCAGCACGGGGCAAAGAGAGGGGAGCCACCAUGAGCAGUCAAGGGACAGCUCCAGACACUCUGGAACUGGUCAUGGAGAAACAUCCUCUGGAUUUGGAAGCAGCAGACAUAGGGAAUCCAGAGUUAGUCAAUCCAGUGACAGCAAGGGUCAUUCAAGAGGUUCAGGUAAUCAGACUGUGACCUCCCAAGGAAUGUCUGCAUUCUACUCAAGCAUCCAAAAUCAUGGUGGAGGCCAAGUUUGGAGACAUGGCAGCUAUGGCAGUUCCAAUUAUGACUAUGGACAGUUAGGGAUUGGACAUUCUCCAGCUGAAAAUUUCAUUCACAAUUCCAGUCAUAUGGAAAACAGGGACAAAUCUAAAUAUAGAGGAGAACUAAUGAGAUCCAAUAUAACAGUCCGUAAUAUACACCCUGGAACUUAUGGCCAUUCAAAUUAUAUUCCAAAACAGCUGGGCUUUGGACAGUCAUGUAGACACUAUUAUUAUGAAUGCAUUGUUACUGUCAUCGAUAUUUUCUACCAAUAUGCCAACCAGGAUGGGGAGUGUGACAUGUUGAACAAGGCAGAACUGAAAGAACUUUUGGAAAAUGAGUUUGGUCAAAUUCUGAAGAAUCCAGAUGAUCCAGACACUGUAGAUAUCAUCAUGCAAAAUCUAGAUCAAGACCAUAACAAGAAAGUAGAAUUUACUGAGUAUCUUCUGAUGAUAUUCAAGCUGGCUCGGGCCUGUAAUAAAAUCGUCAGCAAAGAUUACUGCCAAGCUUCAGGGUCAAAGCAAAGAGGUCACAGUCACCAGGACCAAGAGGAACAGAAUGAAACAGAAGAAGAUGAAGGGCAAAAAUCAUCUUCCAGUAACUUAAGUUGGUGUGAAGGAGAGAAUGAUUCCCAUUCCAGAGGCUCGAGAGGUAGCAUUAGACACAGGUCGAGGUCCAGCUCCAGAAUAACUGGGCAUCAAGGAGGCUUGUCUAGUUCUGGGGACAGGCAAAGCUCUAGGGGAAGAAGGAGGGAGUCAAUUUCAGGCCACUCCAAGGGUAGCAAGAAAAACAAGCAUGGCUCUCAUCAGCAUGCUUGGUCUAGAAGUGAAGAAGUUGGUUAUACUCAUUCAAGCAACCAUGGAACAAGAUCAAACUCAAGAAACUGGUCAGGCACUUAUGGAGAACAGGGGCAUGUGAGCCACUCAGAGGAUCAGUCUUUCAGUUCUGAUCAAAACUGGUCUGACUCAAAUGAAUCUGUGGGUAAUAGACAACAUAAGAAAAAAUCAAGCCAGUCACCUAGUAAGGAGCAUCAUGGAUUCAUCUCAGGGAGUUGUGGAGGACAAGGCCACUGGUCAAAUUCAAAUCAGCCUGCUGGUUAUGGUCAUGGCUAUGGCUCAGGCCAGCCUUCUCAGGAGAGAUGGCAUGAAUCAAAUGAAGGAUAUCAAUCAGGAAAUUGUGAAGAACAAGGAAACUGUUCUACUUCUAGUUCGAGUGAGGUAUCUAGUUAUGGCCAACACAGGUCAGGCUCAGGACACCCAUCUAGCAGUAUCCAACAUGGGUCUGGAUCAGGUCAGUCCUCUUGCUAUGGACAACAUAGAUCUAGCUCAGGUCAGUCUUCUGGCUUUAGUCACCACGGAACUGGCAUAGGUCAAUCCUCUAGCUAUGAACAGCCUAGUUCUACUUCAAGACAGUCACCGAACUGUAGCCAACAUGGACCUAGCUCAGGUCACUCUACUAGCUGUGGUCAAUAUGGAUCUGGGUCAGGUCAGUCAUCCAGCUGUGGCCAACACAGUUCUGGAUCAAGUCAAUCUCUUAAUCAUGGCCAGCAUAGGUCUGAAUCAAGUCAGACAUCUAGCUAUGGCCAACAAAGGACAGGUUCAGGUCAGCCUUCUGGCUUUAGACAACACAGGUCUGGCUCAGGAGAGUCUUCUGGAUUUAAUCAGCAUAGAACUGGCUUAGGUCAAUCCUCUAGCUAUGAACAACAUGGUUCCACCUCAGGACAGUCACAAAGCUGUGGCCAACAUGGAUCUAACUCCUCUAGCUAUGGUCAACAUGGCUCAAGCCAGUAUUCUGGUCACAGUCAACACAGGUCUGGCUCAAGUCAGUCUUCUGGCCACAGCCAACAUGGAUCUGGCUCAGGUCAGUCUUCUAGCUUUGGUCAGCAUGGUUCUAGCUCUAGAGAGUCAUCUGGCUUUGGUCAACAUGGAUCUGGCUUAGGUCAGUCCUCUACCUAUGGGCAACACGGUUCUACUUCAGGACAGUCAUCAAGCUGUGGCCAGCAGGGAUCUAACUUAGGUCAGUCCUCUACCUAUGGGCAACAUGGCUCUAGUCAAUAUGGCUCAAGUCAGUCUUAUAGCCACAGCAGACACAGAUCUGGCUCACGUCAGUCUUCUGGCCACAGUCAACAUGGAUCUGGCUCAGGUCAGUCUUCUAGCUUUGGUCAGCAUGGUUCUAGCUCAAGAGAGUCAUCUGGCUUUGGUCAGCAUGGCUCUGGCUUAGGUCAAACCUCUGGCUUUGGGCAACAUGGUUUUACUUCAGGACAGUCAUCAGGCUGUGGCCAGCAGGGAUCUAACUUAGGUCAGUCCUCCAACCAUGGUCAAUGUGGCUCAAGUCAAUAUAGCUCCAGUCAGUACAGUCAGUAUUCUGGUCACAGCCGACACAGGUCUGGCUCAAGUCAGUCUUCUGGCCAUAGCCAACAUGGAUCUGGCUCAGGUCAGUCUUCUAGCUUUGGUCAGCAUGGUUCUAGCUCAAGAGAGUCAUCUGGCUUUGGUCAGCAUGGCUCUGGUUUAGGUCAGUCCUCUAGCUAUGGGCAACAUGGUUCUACUUCAGGACAGUCAUCAAGCUGUGGCCAGCAGGGAUCUAACUUAGGUCAGUCCUCCAGCUAUGGCCAACAUGGUUCAAGUCAAUAUGGCUCAGGUCAAUCUUAUAGCCACAGAAGACACAGAUCCAGCUCAAGUCAGUCUUCUGGCCACAGCCAACAUGGAUCUGGCUCAGGUCAGUCUUCUAGUUUUGGUCAGCAUGGUUCUAGCUCUAGAGAGUCAUCUGGCUUUGGUCAGCAUGGCUCUGGUUUAGGUCAGUCCUCUAGCUAUGGGCAACAUGGUUCUACUUCAGGACAGUCAUCAAGCUGUGGCCAGCAGGGAUCUAACUUAGGUCAGUCUUCCAGCUAUGGUCAACGUGGCUCAAGUCAAUAUGGUUCAAGUCAGUAUUCUGGCCGCAGACGACAUGGAUCUGGCUCAGGUCAGUCUUCUAGUUUUGGUCAGCAUGGUUCUAGCUCAAGACAGUCAUCUGGCUUUGGUCAACAUGAAUCUGGCUUAGGUCAGUCCUCUACAUAUAGACACCAUGGGUCUACUUCAGGACAAUCAUCAAGCUGUGGUGGAUCUGGAUCAGGUCAGUCUUCCAGUUAUGGUCAACAGAUAUCUGGAUCAGGUCAGUCUUCUAGCUAUGGCCAAUGUGGGUCUGGAUUAGGUCAAUCUUCUCACUGUAGUCAACAGAGGUCUGGAUUAGGACAGUCUUCUGGCCAUGUCCAGUGUGGCACUGGCUCAAGUCAGUCCUCUAGCUGCAGACAAUUUGGGUCUGGAUGGAGUCAGUCUUCUAGCUACAGUCAACACAGAUCUGGCUCAGGUCAAUGUUCUACCCAGAGUCAACAUGGAUCGGGCUUGGGUCAGUGUUCUACUUCUGAACAACCUGGGCCUGGCUCAUGUCACUCAUCUAGCUCUGGACAAUGUGGUUCUGGAUCUGGUCAGUGUUCUAGCUAUGAGCAAUAUGAAUUACAAGGGAGAUGUAGGUCAAGUUCAAGUGGAACUCAUGGUGGGUAUAGUAGACCCCAAAUAGGCUCAACUCCCAAUCAAUCAAGAAGAAACAGCCAGGAAUGGUCAAGGUACAGUCAAAAAGAAAGAAGUAGGAGUUGUAGCCCAACAAGUAGCAAGUCUGAUGGAUAUGAGAGUAUUUGUGGACAAUCAGAAACAUGUAGGCAACAAAGCCAAGGAUGCAGCCAGGGUCAAACGGAAUCUGGCUACAGCUAUUCAAACUGUAAUGAAGGGCAACCAGGAGGUAGUUAUAGACAAGAGGAAAGCUUCUCAAGUUGUGGCUUUAGACAAUUUACACCGUCCUAUGGAGAAUCUAGAUCUAACAGUAGCAAUACAUUGUUAAUAUGCAAGGAGGAUAAUAGACAAGGUGGCAAAUAUUACCAGAGAGAAGGAGGUCACUAUGGAGGGAGAGACACAAACUCAAGUUUCUACAAGUUACGAAGCAGCACUCCACUCUAUGAGUAUGUCCAAGAGCAGAGUACCCAGAAGCCCCCAUCUCAGCCCUGCCACCAUCACCCCCUCCUGCGUCCUCCGGCUCCCCAGCUCUGCAUGCCCUAUCCCACGUAUGAGAGAUCCCUCCCAGCUACUCCUUGGUCCUUGUCUACCACUCUUAGUCAGAGCAUUCCAGAUGUUGAUGAUAUUAAACCAUCAGCCAGGCACAAGCUCAGUCCUGUCUCAGGAUCCCAAGACCUCCUGGUUCAUUCUGGUCACCUCAGAAGAAGGAGAACGCUCCCCAAAAGGCUAUGUGAGCCAGGUAUCCAGGCCUCUGAAGCUCCUAACAGUCUCCCAGGCAGACACCCCAGGGACCGGUGUUCUAAGGGCAGAUGCCUAAAGCAAGCCAUCUGGCAGUUUCCAAACACACAGUCGAGCAGUCGAGGGUCUACCCAAGAGGCCACCUGGCUAUCUGGGCACCUCAGCUCCCCACAACUUACUCGAAGAGAAAGGCUUCAAGGAUCCUCCACGUCUGGGAGGGUGGUGCGACUGAGUCCCAGCCUUACCUCCUCUAUGGGACCCAGCAGCCCCUCCAAAUGGAGAAGGCUUUGGCGCCCCAGGGUUCGGGGCUGGGCCUCUCAUGGUGACAGCGCUCCGUGGCAGACUCUCCAGGCAAGGGGCACAGCUCCGGGCCUGGUGAUGAUCCCAGACUUCAGCACCCAACAAGGUCCUCCAGGCUACAAUCUCCUUGCUCUUCUGGUGAAGGAAGGAAAGCUUCAAAAACACAUAAAAAUGGCUGCUCUGCAAGGAAACACCUUUCCCAACACUGAAACGAAAUCAAGAACUACACAAAGUCAUGGAUUCUACCAUGAGCAAUCAGGAGAUAGUGCCAGACACUCUGGGAAUGGCCACGAACAAACUUCCACUGGAUCUGGAUACAGGAGACACAGGGAAUCCAGUGUUAGUCAGGGCAGUGACAGCGAAGGAUAUUCAGGAGAUGUAGGGAGGCAUUCUGUGACCACCCAAGGAAGGUCCGGAUCCACUUCAAGGAACCAACAUGGGGCUUCCCAUAGCCAGUCAGGAGACACCGCAGGUCACUCAGAGUCACGUCAUGGGCAGACAGACACACAUAGGCAGAGAGAAUCUGUCCACAGAGACUCAGGAUCCAGAACUUCCCACGGACAGGGGAGUCGCCAUGAACAAUCAAGAGACACAACCAGACACUCUGGGACUGGCCAUGGACAAACCUCCACCGGAACUGGAAGCAGUAGACACAGGGAAUCCAGUGUUAGUCAGGGCAGUGACAGCGAAGGAUAUUCAGGAGAUGUAGGGAGGCAUUCUGUGACCACCCAAGGAAGGUCCAGAUCCACUUCAAGGAACCAACAUGGGGCUUCCCAUGGCCAGUCAAGAGACACCUCUCGGCGAUCAGAGUCGCGUCAUGGGCAGACAGACACACACAGGCAGAGAGAAUCUGUCCACAGAGACUCCGGAUCCAGAACUUCCCACGGACAGGGGAGUCGCCAUGAACAAUCAAGAGACACUGCCAGACGCACUGGGACUGGCCAUGGACAAACCUCCGCUGGAUCUGGAAGCAGUAGACACAGGGACUCCAGUGUCAGUCAGGCCAGUGACAGUGAAGGAUAUUCAGGAGAUGAAGGGAGGCAUUCCGUGACCACCCAAGGAAGGUCCGGAUCCACUUCAAGGAACCAACAUGGGUCUUCCUAUGGCCAGUCACAAGACUCCCCCAGGAACUCACAGUCACAUCAAAAGUGGACAGACACUUAUAGGCAGAGUGAAUCUGUCCAUGGAGACUCAGGUCCCAGCACUUUCCCGGAAGAAGUGGGCCACUAUGAGCAAUCAGGAGGCCCUUAUUAGAGAGAAGCUAAUUUGAAGGAAAAAAAAAGCAUUAUUUCAAAGAGUAGCUGAAUGUCACUGCUUUGAAUCAAGGAAAUUUUCAUUAAUCUUUCUGGAAAUUUGCAUUUUUUUCUCUUUAUUUUGGACUGAGUGACUUUUUUUUAGCCUGGUUGUUUCUUUUUCUUUCUUGGAACGGUUGAAUAUGAAGUAAGAAACUGGUUUUGGAUGAAAUCUAUAUCAUAGCUGCUCUAAUUUGAAAAGUGAAUAUUUAGAGUUUGGCAUUCAAGUAAGCAUUUUUCUCUUGAGAGGUUAAAUUUCAGUAUCUCUCCAGACUGGUUCUUCAAUAUAUUCAAUAAUAUCAAUGGAAAUAAUAUAAAGUCACCUUCCGUUUAUCAAAGCUGCUUUAUAUUAUAAUGGGUUUGCACACCUGCUUCUAUUAUCCUCCUAUUAGAACUCUGUAUUAUUCUGCAUUCAUUAAUCACCUUGGGCAUAUAGAAUCCAGUAAAAUGAUCUACAUGAAAACUGAAAAUAAACAAUUGACCAUAUAUCA